UCCCCCCCAGUCCCCAGUCCCUCCCAGGGUCGUUGUCCCCGGGGGGGUUUAUAAAGCCCUCGCUGACUUUGGGGGGGUUUUUCUCAGCCAUGGCCCCCUCCCCGUGGCCCUGCCUGGUGGCCCUGGUGGCCCUGGUGGCCCCCCUGGCACGGGGGUGGGACCAGGACUCGCCCACCACCACCCUGUCUGUGGAGAACGGGGGGCCCUGGGGCGAGUGGGGGCCCCCCGAGUUCUGCAACGGGAGGGCUUUGGCCACCGGCUUCCAGCUCAAGGUGGAGCCCAAGGGGUUCCUCAAGGACAACACGGCGCUCAACGGGGUCCGCCUGCUCUGCCAGGGGGAGGGGACAUCGCGGCCACCGAGGGGCAGUGACCGUGGGGAGUGGUCCCGGCCCGAGACGUGUCCCCCCGGGCAGCACCUCGUGUCGUUCCGCCUGCGCGUGGAGGCCCCGCGGGGGCUCUGGGACGACACGGCCGCCAACGCCGUGGCCGCCAUCUGCUCGGGGGGCACCCUGCUGGAGGGCAGGGGCGGCCCCCGCGGCUCCUGGGGCAACUGGAGCCUCCCCUGCCCCGCCCGGACCGGGGUCUGCGGGCUCAGGACCCGCGUGGAGCCCCCCCAGGGCGUGGCCGACGACACCGCGCUCAACGACCUCGAGCUCUACUGCUGCCAGUGAGGGGGGGGGACACCCCCUGGAGCCCCCUGGGACCACCCCAGAUCCCGGGAACCCCCCCUGGAGCCCCCUGAGACCACCCCAGAUCCUGGAAACCCCCCUGGAGCCCCCUGAGACCACCC